UUCUCACGCCCAACCCUCGGACCCAGCCCGAGGAAAGUUUCGCUUCUAGGACGGAGAGGAGGGAAUAUGGCAGCGCGUUGGUGGAUUUGGUGUGUCUCUGCGAUCAUGGCGGUGGCGCUACUGAUCGUUUACAGGGUUCCUUCAGUCUCUGCCCAAAGAAAGAAAGAGGUGGUGUUAUCUGAAAAGGUUAGUCAGCUGAUGGAAUGGACCAAUAAAAGACCUGUAAUAAGAAUGAAUGGAGACAAAUUCCGUCGCCUUGUUAAAGCUCCACCGAGAAACUACUCUGUUAUUGUCAUGUUCACUGCUCUCCAGCUUCAUAGACAAUGUGUUGUGUGCAAACAAGCUGAUGAAGAAUUCCAGAUCCUGGCAAAUUCCUGGCGAUACUCCAGUGCAUUUACCAACAGGAUAUUUUUUGCUAUGGUGGAUUUUGAUGAAGGCUCCGAUGUAUUUCAGAUGCUAAACAUGAAUUCAGCUCCAACUUUCAUCAACUUUCCUGCAAAAGGGAAACCCAAACGGGGUGAUACAUAUGAGUUGCAGGUGCGUGGUUUUUCAGCUGAGCAGAUUGCCCGGUGGAUUGCUGACAGAACUGAUGUCAAUAUUAGAGUAAUUAGACCCCCAAAUUAUGCUGGUCCCCUUAUGCUGGGAUUGCUUUUGGCAGUUAUCGGUGGACUUGUGUAUCUUCGAAGAAGCAAUAUGGAAUUUCUUUUUAAUAAAACUGGAUGGGCUUUUGCAGCUUUGUGUUUUGUGCUUGCUAUGACAUCUGGUCAAAUGUGGAACCACAUAAGAGGACCACCAUAUGCUCAUAAGAAUCCCCACACAGGACAUGUGAAUUACAUCCACGGAAGCAGCCAAGCCCAGUUUGUAGCUGAAACACACAUUGUUCUUCUGUUUAAUGGUGGGGUUACCUUAGGGAUGGUGCUUUUAUGUGAAGCUGCUACAUCUGACAUGGAUAUUGGAAAGCGAAAGACCAGUCUUAGUCCAGGGACUCAAAAGAACUUCAAGUUACAAGAAUCAUACUUAAGCAUUGUGAGUAAUGUGUGUGGCUGGUAUUGGACUCAUUGUAUUAUUCUUCAGUUGGAUGCUCUCUAUUUUCAGAUCUAAAUAUCAUGGAUAUCCAUAUAGCUUUUUGAUGAGCUAAAAAGGAUCCCAGAGAUAUGUAGACACUGGAGUAAUGGAAAUUUUGAAAGAUUAAAAACGUUUGUGUGUUUGAAAAGAAGAAUGCAAUUUAUGUAUUUUGUAUUACCUCUUUUUUCAGGUGAUUUAAAUAGUUAAUCAUUUAACCAAAGAAGAUGUGUAGUGCCUUAACAAGCAAUUUCUUGUCAAAAUCAUGAAGUAUUUGCAUACUAUUCUCCUCUGAAUCUUCCCUUCCCAGUGAACUUUGUGGAACACUUAAUUUAAUAGAAUUAAAUAUAUUAUAAACAUUUAAAAACUACUACUUAAUUUUAAUUAUAACAAGGUUCAAAACUGCCUUAGUUAACUUUUGGCUAUCUGAUUUUAUAUUAUCUUAUCCAAAGGUAGGAACCUGACCAGGUGUACUGCAUAUGCCUAUUACACAUAACUGCAUUAUGAAUCUAUUACUUAGCUUUUCCAUCUUUGCAUGGAUGUGUAUACUUGGCCCAUCUUUCUUUUUGGGCAGAGAAAUUAUAUGUGCUAUGUGGUCUUCUGAGAAUGGAACAUAAUUCUUCAGAAUACAUGUCUAGCCUUUAGAUAAAAAGACUAGCCAGACCUCCUCCUCCAUCUGUCCUACUGAAAUGCAGUGCUAGCUGUGCUUCUUGGUAGCUGUAGAUGUUAAAAAGUAUCUCUAAAUACAGGAUUAUGAUUUUUGCAUGAGUGUGGUGUUAACUACCUUGUAUUUGGAAAGAUUUCAGGUUCAUUCUGUCUCUCUAAUUUUAUUUAAGGUGGGCCCCCUCAUAAAAAUGUAGCUUAGUGCUAAAAUCAGUAUAACUUAAAACUGGUCUAAAAUGUUUGUGCAAAUUAGAAAUUGUCACUUACUUUAUUAAUAUCUAAGAGAAAAAAAGUAGGCUUAUCUGGUAAAGUUGAUUUCUGUAUUACAUUUACAACGUAUUUAAUUAACUUGUGUUUAGGGAAAGGAUUGCCCUAGAUUGGGAAAAUAAAAUAAUUGAGUUGUUGCCUAUGAAUAGAAAGUAAAUGUUUCUUGAAAGCUGGUCUGUUUUUGCUAUUAUUUUAGCCUUCAUUUUCUCACUUUAAGUAGAGAAACAAAGUAAACAUUUUAAGAGGUUUUGUUUGAAUUUUGUCUUUUUUCCUGUCAGUGAAAAUAACCAUAUGUGCUAACCAGAUUUUUGUGAAGAAUUUAAGUUGAUGGUUAUCAUUAGAUCUAACAAUAACCAUAACUUCAUAGUUACAAGGAGUAUCCUGAAAUGCCACCCCUAUUACGGGAAUAUGAGAAUUGUGAUUAUGAAAAAAAAUUUUAAGAUAUCUUAAGAGUAUUAGAUUAUAAUAAUACUGUGACUGCCUGCUACUAUUUACCAUCUAAUAACUCUCCCAUGUGGUCUAGAAGUCUUCUGUAAUAAAGGUUCGCAAAAUGAAAUAGAUAUAAUUGCCUAAGAUGAAAUGUUUAAUGUGGGUUUCUUGGGUUUUGUUACAAGAUUUGGUGGGUAGGGGGAUGUAGUCGACCUUUUACUCAUUAGUGGAUCCACUUGUUAAUUUCUCCCCUGUAAAUUGUAUGAUUCUGGACUCCUUAUCUGCUGUUCUUGUACUUGUCUUAGGCCAAAUAAGUUUAUGCAGUGAUUCUUACGAGACUUGUAUGAAAAUGCCCUGAUUUGUACAAACUGACUAGAGGAAUACUACUGCCAUGCAGUCUGUAUAGCUUCAGAAAAUUUGCAUUGAGCAUUGGAAGAAUGACAGUUUUUUGGAUUUGUUUUGUCUCCCUUAAAAGUACAUUCUUCAGUAAGGAAAAACAUUGCACUCUGGCUAAAAUCUGUAGAAAGAUUCAUUACACAUGGAGUACUGUGACUUUUGUGGAAAUUUUGGAAUUAGCUUUCAUCUGAAGUGCCUUAAGUAGAUUAUUCAUUUACUUUUCUAAUAAUGGUUUAAAUAUUAUAUGUUAUGCAUUUUUAAAAUACUGUUCAGAAUGACACAUUGUAGUAGCAAAGAUAACCAAAUGUCUGGCUGUUUGCUUUUUGACUAUAUCAAUAAACUUUUACAAUCUAAA